AUGUUGCCUUUAUCCGUGAUUUUUGCUGUGAUACGAAUGGUCUCAACAGAUUGCUCAAAACCAACACGCACUCCAAGUGAAUUGGUGGAUGCUAUUAUGGCAAACUAUAGCAGAUCCGAGAUUCCACAACCGUUACCUGUGCCGGUCCAAGUUGAGGUGACCGUACAAGAUAUUAUGGAACUUUCUGUUCUCAGCAACAGUUUUUCGGCUGAUAUUUGGUUUAGCUCAAUUUGGCACGAUCGGCGACUUGCGUUCGAGCACCUCGACAGUUGUCGAGCGAAUAUGUCCUUCGAUGACAACUUCGAAAAGAUGCUCUGGUCUCCCAAUGUGUGCAUUGUGAACACCAAGUCGACAACAGUACACAUGUCACCGAAGCCGAAUGUGCUCCUCAUGCUUUUGCCAAAUGGAACUAUUUGGCUCAAUUAUAGGGUCAAAGUUGAGUCGCCAUGUUCGAUGAAUCUAGAACGAUUUCCAAUUGAUCAGCAGGUUUGCUCUCUGGUGUUUGAAAGCUACUCCUACAAUACUGCUACUGUGAGUAUCGAUUGGAUGCCUACGGCUGUUACGGUGCUUGACGAUAUCAGUUUACCGGAUUUCGAUCUUUCUGGUAUCCGGACUUUCAAGCAUACCGAGACGUACAAAGCUGGCGAAUGGUUUCGACUUACUGUGGAGUUGAGAUUCAAACGCAGAUAUGGAUUCUAUAUCCUGCAGAUGUACUUUCCCACUUACAUCUCCGUGUUCAUCUCAUGGAUCGCUUUUUGUAUCGAUACAAAGGCGCUUCCGGCAAGAAUUGUGCUCGGGGUCAACUCCUUGAUGUCUCUGACCUUCCAGUUUGGCAACAUCAUACGAUCGCUUCCGCCCGUCUCCUACAUCAAAGCGAUCGAUAUAUGGAUGUUCACAUGUGUUGCCUUCAUAUUUGCAUCGUUAUUGGAGUUAGCGUUCGUUGCCUACCAGGACAAGAAGCUGCUGCUGAAGACGAACAGAUCAGGAAAUGCUCUCUACGCUAUCCUCUCCUUCAUGAAACAUUUCGAUCCGUUCAAUAAUCCUCACGAUUCACCACAUCUGGAACGACAUCUGCAACGGCGAAUAACUGAAGAUGCACUCUCAUUAAAUUUUGAUGCGACAACGGGAGAGCAGAACUCCUCAUUGGAACGACAACUUGCUAAACAACGUCGAACGAAUUAUCUGAAAAGAAGACGACGAUUACUCGAUUUUGGUAGCCGUAUCGACCGCAUAUCGUUCAUCGCUUUUCCUACGACUUUUCUCGCCUUCAACAUCUUCUAUUGGGGUUUCUAUCUACAAGAAGAAGAACCAUCAACAUAA